CUGCCCUCAUCUCCGCCGUUGCCAAGGUUUCCGUGUACGCGCUGCCUGCGAGAGCGGAGCCGCGCGAUUGUCACACAGUAUUGCCAGACAUGGCGGCGGAUCUACAACCCGAGUGGAUUUCUUGUCUCCCUUCUUCCUGGAGUUAUGGGGUUACUCGGGAUGGACGCGUCUUCUUCAUUAACGAAGAAGCCAAGAGUACAACCUGGCUGCAUCCAGUAAGUGGCGAGGCGGUAAUAACCGGGCACAGAAAAACUCCAGACCUACCCACUGGAUGGGAAGAAGGAUAUACUUUUGAGGGUGCACGGUGCUUUAUCAACCACAAUGAACGGAAGGUGACCUGCAAGCAUCCUGUCUCAAGCUUACCCUCACAAGACAAUUGCAUCUUUGUCGUCAACGAACAUGUGAAUUGUGGAAAAUUGUGUCACCCAUCGUUUAGCAGAUCUGCCUCCAAAGUGCCAGCGAAUGAGAACAAGGAACGGCCACUAAGCACCAUGAGUGAGGCCUCCAACUACACAGGCGGCUCGGACUAUGCCGCAAACCCCGGUAGCCCAGCAGGAAGACCAUCAAGACCUUCCAAAAAAGUUCACAACUUUGGAAAGAGAUCCAACUCCAUCCGGAGGAAUCCCAAUGCCCCAGUGAUCAAAAGAAACUGGCUUUACAAACAGGACAGCACAGGGAUGAAGCUGUGGAAGAAGAGGUGGUUUGUGCUGUCUGACCUGUGCCUCUUCUACUACAGAGAUGAAAAAGAGGAGGCGAUACUUGGCAGCAUCCUCCUACCAAGCUUUCGUGUUUCCAUGCUCUCUGUGGAUGAUCACAUUAACAGAAAAUAUGCCUUCAAGGCAACGCAUCCCAACAUGCGGACAUACUAUUUUUGCUCUGACACAGCCAAAGAGAUGGAGUCUUGGAUGAAAGUAAUGACAAAUGCUGCACUUGUGCAUUCAGAGCCAGUCAAAAGGUUGGACAGGCUAAAAGUGGAGCAGUGUGGACCACAAGAGAUCAACCAUUUGGCCAACCACAAGCUGCCGCUCACACAGCCUGAAAUCCAGAACAAUGUACUCAAUCGUGAGGUUGACCGUGAACGCGAUGCUGCAGUCGUCUCCACCACAGCAGAUGAAGAGAGGAAACAGAGAGAUGCCGAACGCUACGGCUUCCAGAAGGAUGGGGCUGAGCCUGAGCGCCCACUCACCAAGAUCAACAGUAUCAAACUGCAGCCAGCCCAGGCAGCAGCCAUGAAAGCUAACAUCACCUCACUGCAGACUCCAACAGAAAUGGAUGGGUCACACCGCAGCCCUCAGGUCAAUGGAUCUGGUGAGCAUUGUCCAGCUGAUGGGACUGGAGUCCCUCCUCAGGGAAGUCCCACCCAUGAGCCAGGCCGCACCCUGAGCAGGACCAGCUCUAUGCAGCAACUAGAGCAGUGGGUCCGCACACAAAGAGGACGCAACCAGGAUGAUGACAGCAGGAGCAUUACGUCAUACCAGACACUGCCUAGAAACAUGCCAAGCCAUCGGGUACCCUAUAUGCCUCAUUAUGCAGAUGGCUACUGCAGCAUGCCCAGAAAUAGCAUGGCACAGCGAGACAGUAUCUGCAGCAUGUCGCCAUCAUUGUACGACCAGGCCCUGGGUCCCUCGCCGGUUGACAAGCGCCGCUCCAUGCGCGAUGACACAAUGUGGCAGUUAUUUGAGUGGCAGCAAAGACAGGCCUACACAAGGCCACCGGGGCUCUACAGCAAUAUGGCUAGUCCCAAAACCAUGAUAAAUUUGUCAGACCAUGCUGCACCAAACCACUCCAUCCCCCCCUCGCCCUCCCAUGGCUCCCUGUCUAUGUAUGGUGGCUACUCUCCGAUGAGAUCCUACACCAUGAACAGUGCUCGUUCAGAGGUAUCCUCGCCCAUUUACAGAGGAGACAUGAGUAUUGACAGACGGCACAGGCCACCACUCAUCAAGUAUGCCUACCCACCUGAUAGGAGGUCUAUGCCUGCAGGGAUCCCAGUCCAGACUGUCACUGCCCAAUCCCUCCAAGGCAAAACACCUGAGGAACUGACUCUGCUGCUGAUAAAGCUGCGGCGGCAGCAGGCAGAGCUAAACAGUAUCCGAGAGCACACUGUAGCACAGCUUAUGCAACUUAACAUGGAUGGCGACAACCCAAAGAACGACAUUCUCUCCCAUCACCUCCAAAGGAACCUCAUGUAUUUGGACAAUCAGAUGAAGGAAAAUGACCCUUUAAUCAUCAUGACUCACACUUUGAUUGAGAACUCUGCCCCAAGGCCUCAACUUUACCAGCAAUUGAGUCCAGAAGAGUACAGGGAGCGUGCCUAUACAUGUAUGCCAGAAGAAGUGGACAUUGAUACCAAACUUAGCAGGUUGUGUGAGCAGGAUAAAGCGGUGAGGACACAGGAGGACAAACUUCAGCAAAUGUACAGAGAGAAGCACACCCUGGAGACCGCACUGCUUUCAGCCAGCCAGGAGAUAGAGAUGGGCUCUGAUAACCCUGCUGCUAUGCAGAGUGUUAUCCAACAGAGAGACUUGCUGCAAAGCGGCCUGCUCAGCACCUGCAGAGAGCUCUCCAGAAUUACUGCUGAGUUGGAGCAGUCAUGGAGGGAGUACGACAAGCUGGAAGGGGAUGUGAUUCUGGCUAAGAACAACCUCCUGGAGCAGCUCGAAUCACUGGGAAGCCCUCAGACGGAGCCUCCCAGCCAACAGCACGUCUGCAUCCAGAAAGAACUUUGGAGGAUUCAAGAUGUAAUGGAGGCCCUCAAUAAACAUAAAGCUCAGAGAAUUGCAGACGGUAUGAACGUGUAUGGGCUCAAGAACAACAACAACAGCAAGCAUGAGGAGGAGGACUCGGUACCCCCACGGCCACCCCUACCCCAGUCCUAUGAGCCCAACCCCCCCAACGUGCCCCCUAUGCCCUCUCAUGCUGGUGUUCGCCCAUCAACACUCCACAGGCCGGAGGACAGGAAGGCCAAUCACAGGAAUGGCACGCACGGCCAGGGCCCAGACUACAGGCUGUAUAAGAGUGAACCAGAGCUCACCACAGUAGCCGAAGUGGAUGAGAGCAAUGGAGAGGACAGAUCUGAACACCCGUCUGAUAGAGAACAUUCUGGAAACAAAGGGCUGUCCUACCCAGUUGGCAUUGUCCCACCCAGGACCAAAUCUCCAGUUCCUGAGUCUUCCUCCAUAGCUUCAUAUGUUACCUUAAGGAAGAGCAAGAGGCCUGACCCCAGGGUGGGAAGUCUAAUGGAGCGUCCACGCAGCGCGGUAGAGCAGCAGCUGUGUGCUGUGGAGAGCAGCCGGCCCAGGAUGAGUGUGGAGGAGCAGCUGGAGAGGAUUCGCCGCCACCAGCAGGGUGCCCUCAGGGAGAAAAAGAAAAGCCUCCACAUCCGGGGUAGCAACCAGGAGAACACGCCCUCUCGCAGUCACUCAUUUACUAAAGAAAACCAUUUUCGCAGCAUGCAGUCCCCUAGGCGCAGAGAUGAAGGGAUAAGCAGUGGCAUUCAGGAGCUGGAGGCCUCACUUAGGCAGCAGGAGGUGGUGAGCGAGCAGGAGACGCCCGCUGAGGAGAUUGCCCGUCUCAAAGAAGCCGAGGCUGACCACUUAAAUGUGGACCGAGAGCUUUCUGUGCCUGAGAAAGUGCUGAUUCCUGAGCGUUAUGUGGAGUCAGACCCCGAAGAGGCUCUGAGCCCUGAGCAGGAGGCUGAAAAGCAGAGGAAAGUUGAUCGCAUCAAAGCCCUCAUAGCCAAAAAUAGCAUGCAGAAUGUGCUGCCUAGUAUGGCUCUAAGCCCAGAGGAGGAGACUGAAGUGGAGGUUACCGUACAGGAGAAAGAGAAGAUGAUUAAUAUCUCCUACGAGCUGGCAGCAGAGGCAUCGAAACGCAGCAAGCUUGUUGCAGUGAAAAGCCUGUCGUCAUCUUCCCCACCUCUGUCUCCUAACACACACCCCCAACUCACUGAUGGGUCUCACUUCAUGUGUGUGUAGUAGCACCACACAGGCUUUGGCCUCAGUGAAAACCUACACAUGAAGGAAAGAGCAGUGGAGGUGUAAAGAUGCUCCUGAAAACUUCCCCAGGGACAUCAGCACAAGGCCACGGCCUACAGAGAGGGAAACUGCCCACUGCGUAUGCUCACUGUGACGUCUUAAGCUCUUAUGCCACUUACAACACUUUCUCUGUUAUUUCCCUUCUUUGGGGCGCCACCCAAUACAGCUUUGAUACCAUUAUUGAUGCAGUUCUGUUAUCAGUUUUUACAAGGUUUUUAAGGUUAUUUUCAUUAUUUAUAUGGUUUUAUUAGGUUCUUGUUUGAAUCUGGGCCAACGUGUGUGUGUGUGUGUGUGUGUGUGUGUGUGU